AGGAAAACAGAUGGGGGAAAAAGCAGGAAAACUGAAAACAGGACAAAACAUAAAAGGAUUGUGCAUUAAGAGGGACACAUGUCUGCUAAAAUUACAUGAUUCCAGCUGCUGGUCUUUGCUUGAGUAAAGCCCUCGUGGACCUGGAGAGCUUUCAGUGAGGGACUAGGUUGAGAAGUCAGCGGUGAGUAUGAAAAUAUUACAAACCCACCUAAACAAAACAGAACAGUCGAUUCCCAUUGAACUUUCUGCAAGAGUCACUGAGUCCUUUAGGUAUCACCUCAGGGAUGCCAAGUGGAUUAGAUCCUAGUGGACACCUCUUGAUUGUUUUAUGUCAGUUUGCACUUUUGAGACGCUCCCUAAGCGAUCAGUUAGCUGGCAGUGUGAGUUUUGAAGCCAUACAGCCGUAGUGGAGAGUAGAAGAGAGGCAGGCUCGCUCUCAUAUCACCGCUUCACAGAGUACGAUUCAUCCCGCCUGAUACGCUCACACGCGCUCUCGCUUUUCCCUCACACACUUCUGCAGAAAGCCACACAUCAUCCCUUCUGUCACUGGGACAAUGUGUACGGAGAACCUGAUGACUACUAGCUGGUGACAAUAGAAAACAGAAGACGAUCCAACGGCGGGAUCCGGUUGGGAUCUUGGAAGCCGAUGCUGCAGCCAGGAGCAUCUGCAAGCUUAAUUGGGCGACUCAACCCGAGCAGCUGUGCACAGCCCACACGCAGAAGCUGAGAGGGACAGCCGAAACCGAGGAUAGACGCGUACGCCGAGCUGACAGGGCUGGCUGAUGUGGACGUACCACCUGUCAAGUUCUAGCCCUGGGUGUGAGGUGCAGUGAUUCAGCCCCAGUAAGGUAGGGAAGGGGCAUGGCGGGUUGUCCACACCUAAGCUUACCGGGGCUGUUUGUGCUCCUAAUCGCUGCAUCCCUAACACAUGGCCAAAGCUGCCCACAGCGCUGUGACUGUAUCCCUCAUCAGAGAGCCGUGAUGUGCCAGAACAAACGCCUGGGCUCUAUUCCUGGGGGCAUCCCGGCUGACACACGGCUGCUGGAUCUGAGCGGCAACAGUUUGCGCUGGGUGGAGUACAACGACUUGGCGACUCUGUUGAGACUUGAGGAACUAGACUUGAGUGAGAAUUUAAUCAGUGUUUUGGAGCCUAACGCCUUCUCCAGUUUGCUUAACCUUAGGGUGUUGCGUCUGCGAGCCAACCAGCUUAAACUCGUGCCCAUGGGUGCCUUUUCACGUCUCACCAACCUUACCACUCUGGAUCUAAGUGGGAAUAAACUAGUCAUCCUGUUGGACUUCACCUUUCAGGACUUGAAGAACCUCCGCAAUUUGGAGGUUGGCGAUAAUGACCUGGUGUACAUUUCAAACAAGGCUUUUCUGGGAUUGGUGGGGCUUCGGGAGCUAACCAUCGAGAGGUGCAAUCUGACCUCUAUAACUGGACAGUCUCUCUCCUACCUUCGUGGCUUGGUGACUCUCCGAUUACGCUACCUCAGUAUCGCUUCGCUGGAAGAGCAGAACUUCCGCAAACUUGGUGGACUGCGGGGUCUUGAGAUUGACCACUGGCCCUUCCUUGAGUACAUCUCUCCACACAGCUUCCAAGGACUCAACCUUUCCUGGCUCUCCAUUACCAACACCAACAUUUCCACCGUGCCUACAGGAGCCCUUCGCAACCUAAUUCACUUGGCUAGCCUCAAUCUGUCGUACAACCCUAUCUCAGUUCUCGAGUCCUGGGCCUUGCGGGAUCUUAUCCGCUUGAAGGAACUGCACCUAGUUGGUACGAACCUGAUAUCAGUGCAACCCUACGGUCUUGGAGGCCUGCAGCAGAUACGAUUGCUCAACUUUUCAAACAACGGGUUAGUGACUUUGGAGGAGGGAUCCUUCCACUCGGUCAAUACGCUGGAGACGUUGCGUGUAGAUGGCAACCCUUUGUCCUGUGACUGCCGCCUACUGUGGAUCCUGCAGCGUAGGAAAACCCUCAACUUUGACGGAAAGUCACCAGUUUGUGCCACACCCGUUGAACUGCGAGGAAAAGCACUCAGUACCUUCUCGGACUCUGCACUCUUUGACCAUUUCACCUGUCAGCGGCCUAAAAUUCGCAAUCGGAAGCUGCAACAGCUGACGGCACGUGAAGGCCAGGUUGUGUCUUUUGUAUGUCGAGCGGAAGGAGACCCAACUCCGGUCAUCUUUUGGAUUUCACCUCAGCGCCGGCGUAUUACUACCAAGAGUACUGGGCGAGUGAUUGUCCUGCCUGAAGGUACACUGGAGAUCCGCUACGCCCAAGUAACAGACACCGGGACCUACAUCUGCAUAGCAAGCAAUGCUGGUGGAAACGAUACCUACUUUGCCACCCUGACAGUCAGUGGAUUGCCAUUGGAUGGUGCUUUGGCAGCCAAUCGCACCUAUUAUGUUGGUGACCUUAAUGACACAAAUUUAAACGACACGCGUGUCUUCCUCAAGUUCACAUUGGACCUCAAGACCAUCCUGGUGUCCACAGCAAUGGGUUGUAUUAUGUUUCUGGGUGUUGUGCUUUUCUGUUUCAUUCUCUUGUUUGUGUGGAGCCGAGGACGAGGUCAGCACAAGAACAAUUUCUCAGUUGAGUAUUCAUUCAGAAAAGUAGAUGGUCCCGCCGCCAGCGGGGGUCAAGGAGGGGCACGAAAGUUCAACAUGAAGAUGAUAUAAACAUGGACAAACUGACAGUUUAAAGGAGUUAAACGCACAUUAUUAUUAUUUCAAACUGAAAUACAUUUCUAAUACCAGACUUUGGAUUUUAAGACACAGAGGGUUUUAAUGGGAGCAAUGAAUAAUGAAGUUGCUGAGGGGUAGUUUCCAUCAGCGCUAUUUAUAAUCUAACCUUACUUUUGGUGUCUUGGGGUAUUUUACACAUUUAUUAAGACAUUAUGAUAAAUUACAUACUUCUGGCUGGCAUUAGGUACCAUAACUUUCUCAUGUGAGAAGGCCAAGCUUAUAGUGAUAUAUUAAGACCAUUAAAAUGCUACCAUGCAAUUUUCUACAGAAUAUGUCCUUCAAAAAUUAAAGUUCAGUUAUGCUCUUAAAGGGAUAGUUCACCCAAAAAUGAAAAUUACCCCAUGGUUUACUCACCCUCAAGACAUCCUAGGUGUAUAUGACUUUCUUCUUUCAGACGAAUACAAUUGUAGAUAUAUUGUAUAUAUAUAAAUAUAUAUAUAAAUGUCCUGGCCCUUCCAGGCUUUAUAAUGGCAGUGAAUAGGU